CCCACAGGACGGUAGAUCUCCAGGAAGACGGUUGGACAGCCCUGUUCUAUAAGAUUUACGUGAUGCCUAUAGCUGGAGCCAUGUCCCACAUAAUACCCAAUCACAUUCUGAGGGUGGGUCAGAGUACCUGCCUGGACUCUGCUCAUGAGGUAGCUCUGGGGUGCAGUCCGAGCGCCAUGAUGGACCCCAACGGGAGUUGCAGUGAACAGGACGACCUGGACAUCUCCCUAGAUAACCUGAACCAGCUCAUUCUGGAACUGGACCCCACGUUUGAUCCCAUCUACUUCAACAAGAGGUCCCAGUCCAGCAGCCUCCACACAGAUGACUUCUCUCCAGAUGAAGACGUCUCCAGCUGUGUGGCCAGAGGCUGUGCUCCAAGGCACAUCUCCACCUCCGUCUCCCCCUCCUGCAGCAUUCCCAUCCCACUGUCCUCUGCUUCUGGCUCCAGGUGCAGCCCCCAAGGCUCCCUGGUGUUCUCUGAUGCCUCCUCUCGCCCCCCACUGCCGUGUGGAAGUGUUGUCCGCCGGCGGCUGCCCUCGACGCAGGGAGGCGAGGUGGGCAUGUGUUCAUCCCCGGUUACCCUGCGCAUGUCACACUCUCACAGGAACAGUGCCGUCUCGAUGAUCUCCACGUCGCCCGGCUCAGAAACCAGUUACAUGAUGGGCAGCUAUCAGUCCUUGCUCAGUGACAGUGAAGGCGACAGCCCCGAGUCUCUCCUCCUCUACCGCACGUCCAGCUCCUACAGCGACGUGUCCAGGUCCUCGACCAGGCCGUUCACCAACAAGCGUUCGCCAACUGGCCCAUCACCACUCGGCCACUUCCAGGGGAUCCACAGCAGCCCUGCCUCCCUGGCCGGUUCACUGACAGACAUCCCUGUGGUGUUGGUCAACGGAGCCCCAGAGCGGGUGCUCAGCCCCCAGUCACCUCCAGAGGCAAUGGUCCCAGACAGACAGAUCAAGCAGAGGCCCAGCUCCAGGCCAUCCUCGCCAUCUCCCUCUCACUCUUUGCAAGGCCAUUUUCAAGGCAACCAGCACUCCAUGAAGUUUGUCAUGGACACCUCUCAGUUCUGGUUCCGUCCACACAUCAACAGAGUUCAGGCUGAGGCCAUAGUGAUAGAUAAGGAGCCGGGGACAUUCGUGGUGAGAGACAGCACGUCCUUCAGAGGCUCCUUUGGGCUGGCUAUGAAGGUGGACCAGGCGCCCGUCAACAUAUCCCCUACUGGCCAACCAGCGGAGGGCAGCUCAGAUCUCGUGAGGCACUUUCUCAUUGAAUCGUCGGCCAAGGGCGUCCGUAUCAAGGGCUCCUCACAGGAACCGUACUUUGGUAGUCUGUCUGCCCUGGUCUUCCAACACACCGUCACUCCGUAUGCCCUACCCUGCAAACUUCUGCUCCAGUCACAUGAUCUGAACAAAGGACAGGAGGAAACAAAUGACAGGUCAGCACCAGAAGACAAGACCAAGACAGCUUGCAAUUUCCUCUACCUGAGUGCAAUCCCCACUGAGACGUUGACAGGGCCAUGUGCUGUACAAAAGGCUGUGUCCUCCACCUUCACGAUGGACCUGAGCACCAUCACACCCACCAUAGUCAACCUGAAGGUGUCACCCAAAGGUGUCACCUUGACAGACAUCCAGAGAAAACUUUUCUUCAGACGUCAUUACCCUGCACACAUGCUCAGCUACAGUGGUGAAGAUCCAGACAAGAGACUGUGGCACAAGAGUUCCAAACCAGCAAGGAUAUUUGGUAUAGUGGCAAAGGGCACUGAAGCGGGUAGGGAGAAUGUGUGCCACGUCUUCGCAGAAUACGACCCUCUUCAGCCCUGUAAUCCGACCAUUGAGUUGACACAGGGCAUAAUUUUCAAAUCAUAACCUCAAUCUGUCCAGUAUGGGAAGGUGAGAAGACAAUAUCACAGCACUGAAUGUUGGAAGCUCUUUAAAUCACUACCGUCUACGAGGGCGCCCAAAGCCAGACCUGACACAGAUACUCUGAUGUGUCAAUUCUCGGUCCAUGUAUGCAGGCAGGUACGAGAUCGAGUUAAAAGUACGCAGAAAUGAAUAGGGCCUGAUUUUUGGGGGGAUUAAAAAACAACAUUUUAAUAAAAAAUAAAUCCACUGAGUAAAUCUAACAUCCCGAUUCUCGAGCUGCAACACACAGACAUGUACGGUGUGGACAUUCAGUGGGACAUUCAGUGGGCUCUAAAGUGCCAGCAGUUCACUUGCAUUUGCUAGUGAAAGAAAUGAAAUGCAAAUAUGAAAAAUAACUGGUCGCAUUGGUGCGAGUGUGAUACACAUGUAAUUCUGCGUCCCAUUAGUUGUAUUUUCCACGUAACAUUACGAGGAUCACGCAACCUGAUAGUCUGUAACUGUAAUUAUGAUCCACGUCACAAAAAGCAUUACAAAGGUAUAAUCAAAAAUAAAUAUAAACAUCUUGGCCUUAAAUGGGGUCGGGAGUUUAGAAGACUGCGCGAUGAAGAAUGAAUGAGUGUCCGGUAUUAGCUAUAGAUGCAAUGCUUCUAGAAUGCCUUGCACUAGAUUUGAGAUUUUAUCCAUUUUGAAAAUCCAAAUGAUGUAUGCAGCUGCAAAGAAAUACAAUAGGCACCUUUACAUAGGCUGAAACACACUUCUAACGAAGAUAUCGCUGACAUUGCCAAUGGGCAGACAGAUUGCCAACAACAACCUUUUUGAGCAGAGUCUGGUCAACAUGCGCACGGAUCAGGCCUGGAGAGAAAUCGGCUGUGACGCUGGGGAUAUUGGUCUUAUUCCACAGCAAUGCAGACUGCGAGCGAAUAUUCAGUCUCGUUUCCAAUAACAAAACCCAGUACAGAGUCUCCCCCAAUACAGACAUUCUGAGUGCCCUCGUUACCAAGGUUGCAAUGAUGGGCAGUGGAACUGUUUGCCACAGAGAAGUCUACCCUGAUCCCUGCUGCGUAAUUCUAAAUCCGCUAGCUACCAGGCAAGUCUGCCUAGGAAAUUAUUUCCUGAACAUUUGAAGGUCUCUAGAAGAUUUGUUCUCACCCACUGUUUCCUAUCAUAGCUUUUUCGUUUGUACUGUAUUAUGGAUAAAAUGUUUAUUUGAUACUGAUGCUCUGCUUCAAACAUUUGUCAUGUCAGAGUUUUUUAUUUAUUUAUCGCGGAUAAGACGUUUGCACAUUUUGUACCUAAACAAUUAACUUGUUAUUUGUUUAAUAAAAUAAAAACUCAAAGAAUAAAGGCCCUUUGUGUCUUUCUAAUUAGUUAUUGUUAGUGACUUUUACCAUAGGUGUAAUUGGAAUGCUGUCAAGAAGGAAAGAAAGUAUUCCAACCUUGUAUAGACUUGAUUUGGUACAAUUAUAUAAUUGCGAUCAGACUCACAAACAGCGCGCGCAUGAACACGUGGGGUGGGGGGUUAUCUAACGAGGUUGAAAAGCACUAGAGGUUCAUUAGAUAAGUAGAGAUAUCCUCUCCGGGACAAAUUCUAACUUGAGAUCCAUGUGUCACUUGCAUUUUGGCACAACUCUCCCAUCUACACUAAUGCAUGAGAAAAUGUGAUUUAUGGGCAUGCAAGUUAGAAUUGGGCCCUAGUAUGGGUAAUUUGAUUAUGUAUAGCCUAUUGCUAUGCUUCAUGACAAUAAUUAUAUUUUUUCCUGCACUAACUUUAUCAUAUCUAUUUUGUCAGAUGUAUAUUAUUGUGUAUUGAAUACAAAACGUAUCUAUUUCAUAUUUUGUCAUGUUUAUUUUAUAUUUAGGAUAAUAAUAAACUUAAAGUGACAAGUGUU